GCGCAGUGGUGACGACCUGAUUGCCACUGACAUCGACAGUAAACAAAAAUCCUCAGUACGCCGCGAAGAGACUAACUCGCUACAUAAACCCUCAAUUUAAGGGUGUCCUUCCCACGCAGGCUCAGCUUUCUUCCCCCAGUGAUGUGUCCACCCCGCCUGGCUUUGUGAAGGACUACCCGAGCCCCAUCCUCAUCCCUCCUGUCCUCUUGGCCGGGCCUCCACCAGCUCCUCCUCCCUUCCUUCUCCACCUCUCACUCCCUGUGAUGCCUCCUUCCUGCUGUGGCUGUCUGUCACAGUACACACAUCACCAUUUGGCUGUCUUUCUCCUCACCUUUUUUAGCUAUGUGUUGCUGCACUCAUCCAGGAAGACGUUCAGCAACGUGAAAGUCAGCAUCUCAGCCCAGUGGACGCCCUCUAUCUCCAACGACAGUGCACAGUUCUCCCCUGCUGAGACGUGGGAGAACAAUCGGCUGUUUGCAGAUGAAAAGCAGGCCACUUUGUUCCUGGGAGCGCUGGACUCCAUCUUCCUGUUCUCAUAUGCAGCAGGUCUGUAUCUGAGCGGAGUGAUCGGCGACCGGGUGAAUCUGCGUUACGUCCUCUGCUUCGGCCUCUGUGGAUCGGCGGUUGUGGAGUUUGUGUUCGGCACUCUGACUGAAUGGCUCCACAUUUACAACGUGUACCUGUACUGCGGCCUGUGGGUGCUGAACGGCCUGCUGCAGUCCGCCGUCUGGCCCUGUGUGGUCGCCGUCAUGGGCCACUGGUUCGGCAAAACAGGGCGUGGUUUUGUUUUUGGCUUGUGGAGCGCUUGUGCCUCAGUGGGAAACAUUCUGGGGGCUUUUCUGGCUUCCAGUGUGCUCAAGUACGGGUAUGAGUAUGCCUUCCUGGUGACGUCUAUCGUGCAGUUUGCCGGCGGAGUUGUGGUGUUCUUUGGUUUACUCACUUCUCCCAAAGAAGUCGGUUUGAGUUUGGAGGAGGCCACUGGACUCGGCCCGGUGGAGACCGAGACAGACAGCCAUAAGCCCCUGAUGAGCGACGAAGAAGAAGAGGAGGAGCAGGUGGAGGCGUACGCUAGGCGGCGGCGGUCUGCUAAGCCGCAGGAGGAUCCGCCGCCAGAACCGCCACAGGCCAUCGGCUUCUUCCAGGCCUUCUGCCUGCCCGGAGUUCUGCCUUAUUCUCUGGCCUACGCUUGCUUGAAGCUGGUCAACUACUCCUUCUUCUUUUGGCUUCCUUUCUAUCUGAGCAACAACUACGGGUGGAAGGAGGCCGAGGCCGACCGCUUGUCCGUGUGGUACGAUGUCGGAGGGAUUAUCGGAGGAACUGUUCUGGGUUUGAUCUCAGACUUUAUGGGGAAGAGGUCUCCAGUUCUGGUCAUCAGUCUUGUGAUGGCCAUGGGGGCGCUGGUGGGAUACAGCCGAUCACCAAACGAUCAGCUUAUCAACGCCGUCAUUCUGGCUGUAACUGGCUUUUUCAUUGGAGGUCCGUCCAACAUGAUCAGCUCAGCCAUUUCUGCCGACCUGGGAAGACAGGAGGCGCUGAGGAGCAGUCAGGAGGCCCUGGCUACCGUAACUGGGAUCGUGGAUGGAACCGGGAGCAUCGGAGCGGCUGCAGGACAGUACGUGGUUUCUCUGAUCGAGAGCAAGCUGGGCUGGAUGAGUGUGUUUUACUUCUUCGUCGUCAUGACAGGGGGCAGCAUUUUCUUCAUCACGCCAUUGCUCAUCAGAGAAACUAGAGACUUGUGGAGAGACAGGCAAGCGCUGCGCCGCCAGCUGUGACGGCGGCAGCUUCCUCCAAAAGCUUCUUGUUUGUAACCUCUGAGACCGACGGGUUGAAACGAUGGGAAUCAUCCUAAACUGACUUGAAAGGCGACCUUAAUCUGGCUGUCACAUAAUGCACCGAUGGAAAAGGUCCACAAUGUGAGAGCUCAUGUCAGCUUUUGUGGACGUUUUAUCUUUUUUCAGCGUUUUAAUCUGUUUUAUUGUGGAGGUCAGAACGCUAACUGAAGCUUUUUUACAAUAGAAAACGGCUCUCCUGAUCCAAAUCAGGUGUUUUUUAUAAAAGUCUGUAUUAGGGCCACCAUAAAAGGACAUUUAAAAACAUGAGCAUAAAGUCGUAAAAUAAAACAAAAAAUGUCAUAAGAUUAUGAGA